AUGUCUCCGCCUAUCGUCUUGUGUGCGCUGAAAACGGCACCGAGAAAACAGCGUGCUUGGGACGUGGUUCACGUAUCCGAGGCCUCACCCAUGCCUAUUUAUUACGAAGGCCAUGAUAUCGUGAUUGUACAGGUUUCUCCGGAAUCUAUCACAGGACAAUACACAUUCGAUAUGCGUAGUAAAUACCAGUCCCGAAAAGCCUUGCAAGCGGCACGCAUACAGUUAAUACAUGAGAUUAAGAAGGACCGUUACAACAUGUUGCUGGGUGAAGCGUAG